CCAACUUCGUCUACCAGCAGAGACUGAUCUCGAAGCUCCACAAGUACCAAAUAGAAUACUUCAAGUGCACACGGACUCACACUCGUAUGUAGUCGAUCUGCGCCCAGAAUGACAACCACCGACUCUCCUCAACCUAAAGAUCCUCACACCACCCCCGCUGCCAUGAAGAUCCCAAUCAACCCACAGCGCGCAAGCACUCUCGUCUCGAACCUCGAGCAUGUCACUUCUCGCAUCUCGUCUGCCGCCGGCGCCGGUGCGCGAGGACCUCCUCCUCCUCCUCGGCUCGUCGCCGUCUCCAAGCUCAAACCCGCCUCGGACAUUCUGGCGCUGCACAACCCCCCGACCUCGCACGAACACUUUGGCGAAAACUACGUCCAGGAACUCCUCGAAAAGUCCCGCCUCCUCCCGCGCAGCAUCAAAUGGCACUUUAUCGGUGGGCUACAAUCAAACAAGGCCACGCAGCUGGCCAGGGACAUUCCGAACCUGUGGGCGGUGGAGAGCGUGGACUCGGAGAAAAAGGCCACACUGCUGGACAAGGGACGGUCACAACUGACGUCCUCCGCCACCGCCGAACCACUCCGCGUGUUCAUUCAGGUCAACACGUCAGGUGAGGAUUCCAAAUCCGGGGUACCGCCCGGGUCGGGAGAACUGAACGCGUUGGCUAGACACAUCAGAAACAAUUGUCCGCAUUUGAGGCUACAAGGGCUCAUGACGAUCGGGGCGAUAGCGAGGUCCAAGGCCACGACCCCCGAGACGGAGAAUGAAGACUUUGUUUGUCUGAGGGAAACCAGGGACGCGCUGGCGAAAGAGCUGGACGUGAAUCCCGACGAGUUGGAGUUGAGUAUGGGCAUGAGCGAGGAUUUCGAGGGCGCGAUCCGACAGGGGAGUAGCGAGGUCAGGGUCGGGAGUACCAUAUUCGGCGAACGGCCUGCGAAGAAGGACGCAAAGGUCUUGGAGGACACGGAGAGUGAGAAGAGGUAAAGAGGUGGGAUUCGCCUUUUUCACCGGGGAUGAAGAUCGAGCGGAGGUCCGAGAAGAAAUCACCUCCAAAAACAAACCAUCAAACGCGAAGGGAAGAUUACUCGCUCGGGAAAGAGAUCUUGACUCGGUUCCAUGACAAGUCACGUUUCGCAUUACAGGUUGGCCCAGUAUCAGCGAGGGAAGAAGAGGGAAGAAUCCCCCCGAGGGAAAUGAAAGAAAAGUACCUUGCUUUUGCGGCCUACAAUUUUGGAAGAGUUUGUAGAGAAAGUCAAAGGGGGGCCGGCGCCGACGAAGACAAUCCCACACCUGGAGCGAAAGUAACUACCUGUCUUCUGCUCUACCAAACAACAAAACCUCUGAAAAAGAGGCUGUCUGGUCAACGCUGGAUGGUUGACAACUUUCCGAUCGAUGGGGUCCUUCGCCGCCAUAUUGAAGCUCACCGAGCCGUGCAUUCUCUUGGAGUGGAUGGAUUGCCUAACCUAUCCUACCAUAACCUUGUCCUACUCGACAGUGUCAAGUGAGGAGGGACAUUAGUCGAACUCAAGCACACGAGUGGCGGACGAUGCAUGAGGAGUUGAGGAGGAGACGACGACGACGACAUUACGAUCUCUCCCACGCGACGACUCGACUGUAUGGUGGACCACACAGAAUGUUGGUUGUACGUGGUCGCGUUUCGGCAAGGACAAUUAUGUUACAUACGGGAUUCGAAUGUAUCUGUACUCGGUAGAAGAACGAUGUACAGAAUGAACAAGAGUGAGAAUCAGAAAACGAGUGUCAUGUAUACCUACUCACGGUAGAUAUGAAUGAUCGAGGGCUCACUACUGGCCACAGUCUACUCGUAUAAAUGAAUGCUUCCGUUGUGA